AUGGGGAGCGUCAGGGAGUCUGAUCAGAGGACUCUUGUCUUGAAUGAAAUAACUGGAGAAUUUUAUCAAGAAGAAGCUGCAGAGAACAAGCAAGAAGAUUCCAAAUCACCAUCUCAACCAACUGACGAAUCUGGCGAGGAAUGCAAGGAGGAAGAUUCAGCCUCAAGACUUCAAGAAGAUUCGGAUAAGGAGAAUAAAUCGCCGAAUCAAUCCCAAAAUCCUGAAGGAGUAGAUGAUAAAGCCACCGAAACAGGCGAAAUAGAUAAUAAAUCACUCCCUGAUCCUCCCGAAAAGUUCGAGCUUAAGGGACAACCCAAAAACGCAGAAGCUGUAGAGGAGAACAAGAAAGAAGAUCCAAAAUCACCAUCUCAACCAAUCGACAAAACUGGCGAGGAAUGCAAAAAGGAAGCAUCAGACUCUCAAGGACUUCAAGAAGAUUUGAAUAAAGAGAAUAAAUCGCCGACUAUAUCUCCCAAUCCGGAGGGAGUAGAUGAUAAAGCAACCGUAAAGGGCGAGAAAAUCACUGAUAAUAAAUCACACGCUGAUCCUCCCGAAAAAGACGGGCUUGACGGACAACCUAAAAACACACAAAGCAAGUGCAGCGAUAUCGAGUCGAAAGAGGAUAAUCCAAAGACUAGGAACCUCAAAGGGAGUUUAAGCGAUUGUGUUAGUGAAGACCAGCAGCAGUCACCCAAAUCGUCUGAAACAAAAUCAGUAAGCGAGGAAAACCAGAGAAAUAGAACAGAAUCGCACCGAGAAUCGGACUAUUCCGAAACUUCCGGAGGCGAAAAAGAACCCCCCAGGAGCAGUGAAGUAUCGCACGUAGAAUCUUCAUAUUCCGAGAGUUCCGGAGGCGAGUUACACCUUAGAUCUAAUAAAGUAUCUCACCGAGAAUCGGCAGGUUAUACAAGUACCGAUAGCGGGGAAGAAAUCCUCAGACACGCAAAUAUCGGCCCCGGAGGCCUAAAAGAAACCCCCAGGCGCAGAAAACUAUCGCUCCGAGGAUCGGCAUAUUCCGAAAGUUCCGUACGCAAAAAAGAAACCCGCAGCCGCUGGGAAGUAUCGCACCGAGGAUCUUCAUAUUCCGACAGUUCCGGAGCCGAGGAAGACCGCAGAUCUAGGAAAGUAUCCUACCGAAGACCCGCAGAGCCGAAGAAGACCGCAGAUCUAAGAGAGUAUCGCGCCGAGAAUCGGGAUAUUCCGAAAGUUCCGGAGGUAAAAAAGAAACCUCCAAGCGCAGGGAAUUAUCGCACCGAAAAUCGGCAUACUCCGAAAGUUCCAGGCAGAAAAAAGAAACCCCCAGGUGCAGGGCAGUAUCGCAUCGAGAAUAUUCAUACUUCGAGAGUUCCGAAGUAUCGCACCGAAAACCGACAGAUUCCGCAAGUACUAGAGGCAAAAAACAAACUCCCAGACGCAGGGAAGUAUCGAACGGACAAUCGGCAUAUUCCGAAAGUUCCGGAGGCAAAAAAGAAACCCCCAGGCGCAGGGAAGUAUCGCCCCGAGCAUGUUCAUAUUCCGAGAGUUUCAGAAGCGAGGAAGACCGCAGGUCUAAAGUAUCUCACCGAGAAUCGGGAUACUCCGAAAGUUCCAGAGGCCAAAAAGAAAGGCCAGAAUCUUCAUAUUCGGAGAGACCCAGAAGCGAGGAAGACCACAGAUCUAGAGAAGUAUCGCACCGAGAAUCUUCAUAUUCCGAGAAAUCCGGAGGAGAGGAAGACCGCAAAUCUAGGAAAGUAUCUCACCGAGAAUUUGCAUAUUCCGAAAGUUCCGGAGGUAAAACAGAAACCCUCAGGCGCAGGGAAAUAUCGCACCGAGAAUCUUCAUAUUCCGAGAGUUCCGGAGGCGAGGAAGCGUAUUAUCACAGAUAUACCCAGAUAUAGGGAAUUGUCGCAAAGCGAACAGGCGUACGAUCAGAGCCGUAACGGAUCCACAUCAAACGGUGAACAAGAAAGGGGUUCUAAGCGGAAACGUGAUUCUUCAGAAGGCGAAGAAGAGCAGCAACAGUCCCGAGCUUUAGCUUCACGUUCUUCAUCUUCUUCAACAAUUUCUUUGAUACAAUACUCUGAAAACGAGGUACAGAUACCCAGAUAUAGGGAAUUGUCGCAAAGCGAACAGGCGUACGAUCAGAGCCGUAACGGAUCCACAUCAAACGGUGAACAAGAAAGGGGUGAUUCUUCAGAAGGCGAAGAAGAGCAGCAACAGCCACGAGAUUUAGCUUCACACAACAAAGAUUGUUUGGUGCCUGAAAACGGAACGCCAUUCAAGAGAAGAAAAAAAUCUGGUCAGCAGCACUCUACACCUUCAAAAAGUCCAUUAUUGGAAGUUGAGGAACGCAAAGACGAUUCGGUGAACGAGGAGAAAGAAAAGCAAAAUCCGAACAAACCAAGAAAACGUGACGAUAACGAUCCUGAUACGGAUUCGAACGGACCUCCCGGAGCUUUAAGGACCGAGCAACAACCAGUGGAGCAACCUAGACAAAAGACCGAGCAACAACAAGAGAAGGAACCAAAACAAGGUGAAGUUGGAGACAGCCGAGACUCGGCUGCUGGCGAGGACGAUCAGGUUCCGGAUAUUAAGGAGGUGGAAACUCAAAAUAUUACUGUAAAGGAGAAUCCACCAAAGUCAGACCUUAAAGUAAUAGUACAAAAGGAAAAGCUGAUCCUUGAAAUAGUUAAUGUUGGCAAUGAAGUGUUCAAACUGGCAUCAUUACCCGAGGAAUCCUAA